AUGCUGGCGGCAGCUCAGCAGGUCCGGAUGCCGACCAGCGGCGAGCCCGUUCAGAUCCGGAUCGGGAUUCACACCGGCCCCGUCGUCAGCGGAGUAGUUGGGACCCGCAUGCCGAGGUUCUGUUUGUUCGGAGACACUGUGAAUACGGCCUCCCGCAUGGAAAGCACAGGCGAGCCUGGCGCCAUACACGCCUCC